CAAAAGUGGUUUGAUUUUGUCAUUCGCAGUUUACCUCUCGCGGAGGGCAGUCUGCAUUCGGGUUUUGUUUACGUUUUUGCGGUGUGUGUUUUUCUGUGGUGAUGCAGACAGUGUGAAAAGAAAACAGGAAAAAUAAAACACUAUCAAUUUGCAACGGAAUAAAGAGUGUUUUCCAGCGUAUAGGAAAAACGGAUAAUCCCGUGAUUGUUUCGUAGUUCUUUCUGUUUGAAUUAGUAAAGCUAAACAGUGAAAGUGAAUCGGUUUUCGGAAGUUUUUACCUUUGUGGGCCACUGCAUUGUCGGAAGACGGAAUUAUUUUCUAUCCUUUCUCCUGGAUGCGGUUUCAUUGUUCCCAAGCAGAAAGAAAAAUACUGUCUGGGGAAUAUAUUGCAGAGUGAGUAAACUCAUCGGUGUGUUUAGCUAGCUGUAUAUACGAGAAUAUUACCGAGUCUUGUUUAUCGAAAAAUUGUGCUGAUAAAGGUGCAAAAGUAAAGAGUCCAGCUUGUUUUUCGCCAAUACGCGUUCUGCGACACAAUCGAAGACGAAGACGACGACGACGACCGCGCACUGUUUUGCGGAAAAGACGACGUCCGCAUUGGUACGCGGGGAAGAAUAUGUAAAUUUAAUCAAUUUGCACAGUGCCACCACAACAAGUAGUGCAUGUACACCAACCAGGUCUCUUUGGAAGUGCUGCUGCUGUGUAUCGCUGAAAGAGUUCGUUUUUAUUGAUCGAAAUUAGUAAGCCGGACGGAGGAGCAGGAGCGGAGCUAAGCGCUGCAGCUGUGAAUGAUUUUUUUUUUGCGUGUGGCGCUAUUGCUGAUUCCUGCGGAUUGCCAGCUGAGCUACUACUGUUUCCUCUGCAACGACGACGACGACGACACGGGAGGCAGGAGCCUACAUACCGACCAGAUAUUGCAUAACUAGGAGCUCCCCAUUGGCUGGCACUCGGUUGCGGCCUACAACGGUGUGCUGAUAAUUUGCAACCUGUGGACGACCACAUUCCAGGUGUGAACCGAGAACCAUCCGCUAUCCGUAUAGCAAACAGUGCAGAGGACUAACAGGGUUCCACUCGGACGGAUAUUGCCUGGCCUGAUGGAAGCAUGGACAACGAGCAGCCCCACCAGGAGUUGGUAAAAUGUGUCCUCGUCGGCGACACGGCCGUUGGCAAAACGCGGCUGAUAUGUGCACGGGCCUGCAACAAGCAUGUUUCACUUUCGCAGUUACUUAACACGCAUGUGCCAACCGUGUGGGCCAUUGACCAAUAUCGGAUAUACAAAGAUGUACUGGAACGCUCGUGGGAAAUCGUAGACAGUGUCAACGUCUCACUGCGGCUAUGGGAUACCUUCGGAGACCACGACAAGGAUCGACGGUUCGCGUACGGAAGAUCCGACGUCGUGCUGCUAUGCUUCUCGAUAGCGAACCCGGUGUCGCUGCGCAAUUGCCGCGCCAUGUGGUACCCGGAAAUACGUAAAUUCUGUCCAGAUACUCCUGUGAUUCUAGUCGGCUGUAAGAACGACCUUCGGUACAUGUACCGAGAUGAGACCUACCUGUCCUACUUCGGCGAUCGGAGUCCCUUCGUACGGGCAGCUCGGAAGAGCGACCUGGUGAUGCCGGAUGAGGCCCGGGCGGUGGCCAAAGAGCUCGGUGUCGCUUACUACGAAACGAGUGUGUUUACGUACUUUGGCGUAAACGAGGUGUUCGAGAACGCAAUCCGUGCCGCCCUGAUAGCCCGUCGCGAACAUCGCUUUUGGAUGACCAAUCUGAAGCGGGUUCAACGACCACUGCUACAAGCUCCAUUCCGACCGCCAAAACCUCCGCCACCCGAAGUAACGGUUAUUACCGGCACACAUACUAAAGAUAUGCUAAACAUGUUCAAUUCGCAGUGCUAUACAGAUUUAGUAUUAAUUGUCGGUACUAUACGUUUUUCCGUACAUAGAUUUAUGUUAGCUAGUAGUUCUAAUGCAUUUCAUAGGUUACUGACGAUGGACAUCUCCGAUAUGGGUGCCCGUAGCAGCAGCGAGUCCAGUAUGGUUAGUUCCACGUUCGGUGAAUCGACGACGGCCGACUUCAAUGAGGACACGGAAUGUCUCAUUCGGGCCGAACAGAACAAAGCUCCCAACAGAAUGUGGGAACAACUAAAGCGGCGCUCUAGUUAUCAGGCCCUGCCAACGGUAGAGCCGAAAAAGGAUCUCUAUCGCGAGUUGCACCAUCCAGUGUUUCAGAGUAUUAGGGUUUUCCAGAUCGAAAAUGGAAAACACACCUACACGCAAACACAGACCAUAGUCUCAGUGAGUAAGCUUAUCACCCCGCAAGCCAUGCAGCAAUGCUUGAAGUUCAUUUACACCGGAGCAAUCGAUCGCGAGUGCCUCGAUUUGCAAACGGCUACUAUAGGAUUAAUACUGGAAAUACGCCAAGCUGCAGAAUUCUUAGAACUUCCCCAGUUGAUGGUCCUUUUGUCCAACACGCAAGCAAACCAGAGCUUCAUGAAUGAUGAAACCAUUCAGCAUUAUUCUACGUGCAUGAAACAGAACCUAGAGAAAUAUUGUGUUCAGGAUGGCAUCUUUGGCGACAUAACGUUCGAGCUGGACGAUGGCCACAUGAAAGCUCACCGAGCGAUGCUGGUGGCCCGAUGUGACGUGAUGAAGGCCAUGCUAAAUGGGGACUUCCGUGAGGCGCAUGCCAAUUUGAUUGUACUUCCAGGUGUAACUGAAUACACAUUCCACAAGCUGCUGUGCUAUCUCUAUACGGACGAAAUUCCGCCAAUUUCGGCCGAUAAGUGUCUGAAUCUGCUGGAACUGGCAAACCGGCUGUGUUUGCCACGGUUGCUCAAUCUGGUCGAGUGCCGGGUGAUCGAAGAUCUUACGCGUAUGUCGCAGAACGAAACCAGUGAAGCGGUCGAACAUUGCCUGCGACUGUUGGAGUCUGUCAAGCUUCACAAUGCUCACCAACUGGCCGAGUGGUGCAUGUCGUAUCUGUGCGUGAACUACAACAGCAUCUGUAAGCUUUCGCCUCGAAGUUUGAAGAGCUUACAUCCGGAUAAUCAGGACUACUUGCGAGAGCAUCGAUGGCCUCCGGUGUGGUAUCUGAAAGACUACGACUACUACCAACGAUGCAUGAACGAGCUCAACCGAGAGCUGAACAAUGGGAAGAAAGACUGCACAGCAGACGACAAAGGUUGCCUCUGCUUCUCCGGAGUAUUUUUCUGGCUACUAGGGAAAUCGAAACGAUCGGCCGUGGCGGCCAAGUCGACCCUGCAGACGGCAAUCACCGCCAGCUCGGAGCACCAAUCGGACAUGGUCAGCACCAGUCUGUUCCAGUCGAAUGCCAACUCGGUGAACCAGCUCGAUCCGGAACACGACGGUGCGGAUCUCUGACAUUUGGCCGAUGGACCGUGGAGAUCGCUCCGCUUCAUUGUGAUUCUGCCAGUGUUGAUCUGCUUCAUCUGCACCAUCCUGAGCAUACUGAUAAUAUUCCAAAUCUAUACCUAAUAUUUGCUGCAACGGUAGUCACCGCUGGACGAUGGUUAUUGACGACUAACCGAAGAGGUUAGAUUACCAACUAAACUCCGUCGAAACUCAACAAAAUGCUCAGCUUUUCAGCUGAUGAAGAGAAGUGAUAGCUUUCACUCCAUUUUAAGCAGGUAAGAAUCUUUCGUCAAUCAUCAAUAGCACACCGUUCGAGAGCGGAGAUUACUCGUUGAAUUCGAACGACACCGAACAACAUUCAGCAAACAAAACAAGAAAAUCGUUCCCAAUACCAGCCAGAAUACUACUGAUGAUAGCAGAUCUUCGAUUAGCUCGUAAGAAGACGUGUGGUCGCACGCACGUGGAGCAGACAUUUGUCAGGCUUUUUGUAUAGGAGCGCCGCACGCCCGCGCGUGUGUUUGUGUUUGAAUGUGUAUGUGUGAACGAAGCGAUUUAUUAAGCUUAAAACAUUUUCGGACUAUGUGUUAGUGGAAAGCUCAGCAGCUGUUCUGUUACGUGUGUGUAAGCAAGGGCGCAAUGGACAAAACGGGAAAUUUGUCUCCAGGGUCUCUACUUUUAAACAAUGAUAAAGUAAUAACUAGAUGGAAGCAAAACAAACACACUCACACUCACUCACAAUAACCCUAUGUACGUCUAGAAUUUUAUAGAAAUUACGAAACCUAACAUGUAGGUUUAAUGGGAUUCAAUUGAUAGCGGAUGGGUUUGCAUGGAAAGAUCGAUCUCCGAAGUCAAUGGAUUUUUUUUUAGUGGACCGAGUUUUUGAAACCAAAAUAAAUAGGAUAUUCGUUCCCUUAUUAGGGCGAAACUGGAAGCAUUUUUUUUAUUUUUUGGUUUUUGAUUUUUCAUUAAAUAAAGGAGCAAUAUUUUCAAAAUCGGUUUUCGUACACAUGUAGAGUAUGGAUCAGGGCAUCUUCUGAUUUUUUUUUGUGGUGGAAAAUGUUUUCCACUUUUGCAGGAACCAUUUUUUUGUGAAAUUUUGUUCAAAAAUGGUUUCUGCAAAAACGAAACACAUUUUCCACAAAAAAAAAAUCAGAAGAUACCCUGAUGACAACUUAUGAGAGAACGUCUUAGCAGUUUUGCUAACGGACACUGAUUCGCGAAAGUUCAAGUAUUUUCAAAACCAUUUUUUUUACAAAAUGAUGGACGUUAGAAUGAGGGGCGGUCUUUUUAGUAGUAGGGUACUUUUAGUAAAAUUGAGCGGUUGGUUUUGUUGUGGAAUCUAAACGCUUCACACUACGCAUGGCCGCCUUGAUGCUUGUGGUGCAUUUCCGAUGUACUACAAGCAUUCGUCUAGAUUGACAAUUUCACAGAACUCUGCCCAUAACCAGUUGACAUUUCAUUCGGAGACCAUUCAGCCCAUUGUGUCCGUUGACGAAAAAUCCCAUUUAUAUAAAUAGCUAUAGAACUUUGAUAAGAAUGUCCGAAACAAGAACAAAACACGCUAGCCCUAAUGUGAAGAAAAGUAUUUUACUCUCAGAUUUUAAUGUUUCAUUAUUUUCCUCAAACCUUUUGGAGGCGAAGAAAACAGGAAAAACUGACAGAGGUGACACACCGAUGGUGCUGGAAGUUGUUGUAAUACUUUCUUGAAAGAUGAGAUUAUGCAUGAUAUGCAACCACCAUUCUUGUUUUGCCUUUGAUUCGGAAGGGGGAGACCCCAUCAAUGUUAAGUCUGCUAGCAUUUAUCCAAGAAGAGCCGGCGUUUAAGUUUCGCUCUUAAUCCAUUACUAAACUGUAGAUUUAAAUGUUUUAUUACACUAAAUCCGUUAGAAAUAAAAACCUAUAAAUAGACUUUAUUUACACUGAUAGUUGCUAUUUCUAGGAUUUCGUUCCGUUAAACCUAUAGCUUACCUAUAUUCAUAUUUACGUAAAAACUGCAACUGACAGAAAAUAUAUUAUUUUCUUAUAUUUGAAACUGCUCGUUCCAUAUUCUGUAAGGCUUGUAUGUGCGAGGUUGGAUACGAAUUGAGCAUAAGACUAAAAAAACACAAGAAAAGAGGAUUGCUUUUAAUAAACCUAAAAACUACGCUUCGAGUAAUUCGUUUUCCUAAAUUUCCUAACUGUUACAAACUAAUUGAAGCUUAUACUCUCGUACGCGCUAAUCACUCUGUGCUGAUAGAUUUUAGUGGACGCGGUACCAAAAACACUCCUCUGGUUUUAUAUAAUACUUUCCUCUUGAUAACGUAUUGUGUCGACGUUUGAUCAAUUCCGAUAAAAAAAUACUACUAUUUCAGUAACAAAAAAAAAAAGAGAUAAGGAAACAAACUCAAGCCUAACAAGACCUUAAAAGAUAACGAAACUAUCACUGCGCUAUUUUCAAGAUUUAUUCUAGUGGUAAUCGUAUAAAACGUAUGUAGUAGUGCACUAUGUAAAGCAACCGACGAGAUGAAGAAAGUAUCGAACAAACAAACAGAAAAUGCUAAAGGUGUAUGCAUAACAACAACAGAUGAAGUAGAGAGAUCAUAAAUCGUAAAUAGCUUAGCUACUCUUUUACGCCAGAAACUAAGAUCAUAACAACAAAAAAACCGGAACAAAUAGUGACAUUUGGACACAUUGAGGAAUAAUA